UAUUUGCACUUGCCCAAUAAUGUUUGUUCUACCAAAAUAAGCAGUAUUAAUAUUUGUUUGUUUAUAUAUGAUUCAAAACUGUCUUUAAUUAAUCUAAGAAUUGUUUGAAAAUAUAUUAACAGGAUAAUUAAAAUGGCUGGAACUUAUUAUUUUGUAAUUGUUGGCCAUUCUGAUAACCCCAUUUUUGAAAUUGAUUUUAUACCAGUUACCAAAGAAGUAAAGAAGGAAGAUAACAGACAUCUAAACCAAUUUAUAGCCCAUGCAGCCUUAGAUUUGGUUGAUGAACAUAUGUGGAAGGGUACAAGUACUUAUCUUAAGUCUGUAGAUAAGUUCAAUCAGUGGUUUGUCUCUGCAUUUGUUACAGCUAGCCAGAUGCGUUUUAUAAUGGUUCAUGAUGCCAGAAAUGAAGAUGGUAUAAAAAAUUUCUUCACAGAUGUAUAUGAAGCAUAUAUAAAACUUAUGUUAAACCCAUUUUACAAAGAAGACACAGUUAUUACCUUCUCAGCAUUUGAGAAGAGAGUGCAGUUACUUGGGAAGAAAUACUUGACAUAGCCCAAGUUUGAUUUGAAGGGCUUUUUGUUGAAAGACUGAAUUUAUGUGACACUAAAAUAAGGUGAAUAGACAACUUCAGAGUGCAAUGGUGACUCAUACUUCCUACAAGUGCCCAUAAAACAGAUUUUUAGAAUCAUAACAUAAUUAUUUUUAAUCUAUGUUGUUAUUAUUUGAUUAUAUCAUUAUUUGCCUGGAAAGUUGUUUACUAUUUUAAAGAAAAAGGUUGCUACUG